AAAACAUUCACUUCUAAUUGCCUGGCUGGUAAAAUAUCCGCACUCACAGGCUCGUUUAUUCCCUCUCUGCUUGGGUUCUGUGGUGAAUCCCGGCGCCUGUUCGCCGUCCCGCCCGGUUGUUCGGCGGUUUUAAAGCCAGCAUCAAAGCCCUGUAGUCUCCUCUCAGUUGGUCAGCCUGGUCUGCAUCUAUGAACUCCUUGCCGCCCACCACCUCGGCCGUCAGCAGCCCUGUAAGCUCCCUGGACUCGCCGCUGUCCGUCAUCAGCUCGUCCAUUGGCUCUCCUGGUGUGCCUGGGACUCCUUCGGUGGGCUACGGACCCCUCAGCAACCCACAGAUUAACUCCUCGAUGUCUGAGCUGCAUGCUGUCAGCAGCUCUGAUGAUGUGAAGCCACCAUUUGGCCUGAAGUCUUCAGGGGGCACCGGGCCAAUGCUGUCCCAGAAACGCCUCUGUGCCAUCUGUGGAGACCGCUCGUCCGGUAAGCACUACGGGGUGUACAGCUGCGAGGGCUGUAAGGGCUUCUUCAAGCGAACAGUGAGGAAGGACCUGAGCUACGUUUGCAGAGACAGCAAAGAGUGCCUCGUGGACAAGCGCCAGCGCAAUCGCUGCCAGUACUGCCGCUACCAGAAGUGCCUGGCGAUGGGGAUGAAGAGAGAAGCUGUUCAGGAUGAGCGCCAGCGGAAUAAGGAGCGCGAAGGGGAAUACGAGUUCACCUCUGCCGCCAACGAGGAGAUGCCUGUGGAGAAGAUCCUGGAAGCCGAGACGGCUGUGGAGCAGAAGACCGAGCUGCACUCUGACGGCAGCUCCGGGACCGGCUCUCCCAGCGAUCCGGUGACCAACAUCUGCCAGGCAGCAGAUAAACAGCUGUUCAGCCUGGUGGAGUGGGCCAAGCGCAUCCCGCACUUCUCCGAGCUGCCCCUGGACGACCAGGUCGUUCUGCUCCGAGCAGGGUGGAAUGAGCUCCUGAUUGCCUCGUUCUCUCACCGCUCGAUCGGGGUGAAGGACGGGCUCCUCCUGGCCGCUGGUCUGCACGUGCCCAGAGACAGCGUCCACAACACCGGGGUGGAGGCCAUCUUCGACAGAGAGAGCGCGCACAGCGCUGAGGUGGGGGCCAUAUUCGACAGGGUGUUAACCGAGCUGGUCAAUAAGAUGCGGGAUAUGCAAAUGGACAAGACAGAGCUGGGCUGUCUGCGGGCCAUCGUCCUCUUUAACCCAGAUGCCAAAGGUUUGACUAACACCAGCGAGGUGGAGCUCCUGCGAGAGAGAGUGUAUGCGUCCCUGGAGGCCUACUGCAGGCAGAAAUACCCCGAACAGCAGGGCAGGUUUGCUAAGCUCCUCCUCCGGCUGCCUGCGCUGCGCUCCAUCGGCCUGAAGUGUCUGGAGCACCUUUUCUUCUUCAAGCUGAUCGGCGACACCCCCAUCGACACGUUCCUGAUGGAGAUGCUGGAGGCUCCCCACUAGGCCGGCCCUGAGGCAUGCUGGGAGACGGGGCUCUGCCACCCGAGAUCACUGUGACUGCACUUUUUUCGAUCCCAGGGCAACUUCAGCAAUUUGGCCAGCCUCCGGUCUGGGGUACACUUUCAUUAUCGCGUUUCUCUUCAUGAGUGCACCACAGAGUCUAGAGACCCAAAACUUGCCAUGAACUUAGAACACGUUGGUGCUACGUUUCAGUUGUAAGUCUUGAAUUCUUGAGGAAUUUUUUUUUAUUUUCUUUCUUUCUUUCUUUCUUUUUUUUUUUUUUUUAGAAAAGAUCGGAACCUUCAGUUCCCUUUUACUAGCUUACAUAAAAGUGGGGUUUACAUUUUGAUAGAAACCAUUUGAGUGGAUAUAAGCUUUAAUUGUCAGUGAGUGUGCUCCUUUAUCUUCUCUUCAUUUGUUUUUUAAAUCCCUAAGUGACUAAUUUAUUCAGCCCAGACCUCAAAGGACUGGCGGAAAUACAAUUGAACGAACAGUUUAAACUGUUUUUUAAAAGCUGUUUCUAAACUGAAUAAAAUCACUCUACCGGU